UCCCGCAGCUGCAGCUCGGUUCGGCAUAGAUGCUGCUAAGAAGAGCCGGAGGAGGAGACCGAGAGGCCGACAGACUUCACGGACACCGGAGCGAGCUGCAGCAUCAUUCAGACGUGGAGACGAGCAGACAUCAGACAUGUCUGUUACCACACAGCUGGGCCUGCUGCUGUGGAAGAACCUGACCUACAGACGCCGACAGACCCUCCAGCUGCUGGUGGAGAUCGCCUGGCCGCUCUUCAUCUUCUUCAUCCUCAUCGCAGUCAGAGUGAACUAUCCUCCAUACGAGCAGCAUGAGUGUCAUUUUCCAAACAAGGCAAUGCCGUCAGCUGGCACGUUGCCAUGGAUACAGGGGAUCCUAUGUAACGCCAACAACCCAUGUUUCAGAAACCCGACGCCGGGCGAGUCACCGGGCAUCGUCGGCAACUUCAACGAUUCAAUAAUUUCUCGUCUGUUUUCCGACGCCAAGAAGAUUCUCCUGUACAGUCAGAAUGAUAAAAACCUGGAAGGGUUCAAGGAGCUGGCUCAAGCGCUGCAGGCCCUGCAGAACAGCCAAUCAGGGUUUAAGUUGAAACACUUCCUGCGGGACGAUGAGACUCUGUCCAUGUUCCUGCGGAGGAACGCUUCGCUCUCUGAACAGGACAUCGAGCAGAUCAAAGAUGCUGACAUCAAUCUGGAGAAGGUUCUACUGAAAGGUUUCGGGGUUCACCUCAGGAACAUGUGUCCCAGGAAGGAAGGUGGGCGGAGUCUAGAAGACUUUGUGACGAUCUCAGACCCUCGGGUGUCCACGAUGGUGCAGGAAGUCCUCUGUCAGGCGCCGCCCACCUGGUUAAACCGUGCCGAGGAGCUCUUCAUGAGCAACUUGGACUUCCUGAAACCCAUCCAGAGGGAUGUGACCUCCGACCCCGCAGCUGUCCAACAGGUCGCCAUGGCAACCAACAACCUCCUGGAUAGUCUGGGUUCACUGGCUGUGGAGUUGGCAGGUAUGAAGAGCUGGAUCGACCUGAGGAAUGAGAUCGUGUUCCUGACGCAGAAUGCCACGUCGUCUCCCAGCACCAUGUACAAGGCGGUAUCCAGGAUUGUUUGUGGUCAUCCAGAGGGCGGCGGCCUGCAGAUCAAGUCUCUGAACUGGUAUGAAGACAGCAACUACAAGGCUCUGUUUGGAAACCACAACAGCAGCGAGGACGAGCCGGCGGCACAUUACGACAACACCACCACCCCGUUCUGUAACAGUCUGGUCAGGAGCAUGGACUCGAACCCGAUGUCUCGGAUGAUGUGGACCGCCGUGAAGCCUCUGCUCCUCGGAAAGAUUCUGUACACGCCCCACAACCCCGCCACUGCCAAGGUCAUCCAUGAGGUCAACCGGACGUUCCAGGAGCUCGGUGUGUUCAGGGACCUGGGAGGAAUGUGGGAGGAGAUGAGACCAAAAGUCUGGGACUUCAUUGAGAACAGCGAGCAGGUGGACCUGAUCAGGACUCUGCUGAAGAACAACGUCACCGCCAAAUUCUUCCACGGUCAGUUGACUGACACUGAUUGGACAGUUGCAGACAUCUCCAAGUUCUUGUCCAAGAAGGCCGAGGACCCCCGGCCGCUGGGCAGCGCCCUCACCUGGAGGGAGGUGUUCAACGAGACGGACCAGGCCAUCAUGAGCAUCUCCCGCUUCAUGGAGUGUGUGAACCUGGACAAACUGGAACCGGUCUCCAGUGAGGAGCGGAUGGUAAAUCAGUCCAUGCUGCUACUGGAAGACAGGAAGUUCUGGGCGGGGAUCGUCUUCCCUGAUGUCGAGCCAAACGCCACUGAGCUGCCCGCCAAACUCAACUACAAGAUCCGCAUGGACAUCGACAACGUGGAGCGCACCAACAAGAUCAAAGACGCGUACUGGGACCCGGGUCCUCGUGCAGACCCCUUUGAGGACAUGCGGUACAUCUGGGGCGGCUUCACGUACCUGCAGGAUGUCAUUGAGCAGGGCAUCAUCCGAGCGGUGACGGGCUCAAAGGAGAAGACGGGCGUGUACAUCCAGCAGAUGCCGUAUCCGUGCUAUGUGGACGACAUAUUCCUGCGGGUGAUGAGCCGCUCUAUGCCUCUCUUCAUGACUCUGGCGUGGAUGUACUCGGUGGCCAUCAUCCUGAAGAGCGUGGUUUAUGAGAAGGAGGCUCGUCUGAAGGAGACGAUGAGGAUCAUGGGUCUGAAUAACGGCAUUCUGUGGUUCAGCUGGUUCAUCAGCAGCCUCAUCCCCCUGCUGAUCAGUGCCGGGCUGCUGGUGCUGCUGCUCAAGAUGGGGAACCUGCUGCCCUACAGUGACCCAGGGGUGGUCUUUCUCUUCCUUAGCUCCUUUGCUGUGGUCACCAUCAUGCAGUGUUUCCUCCUCAGCACAGCGUUCGCUCGUGCUAACCUGGCGGCGGCUUGCGGUGGGAUCAUCUACUUCACGCUGUACCUGCCCUACGUUCUGUGUGUGGCCUGGCAGGACUACAUCGGCUUCGGGGCCAAAGUGUUUGCUAGCUUCCUGUCCCCCGUGGCGUUCGGGUUUGGCUGCGAGUACUUCGCACUGUUUGAGGAGCAAGGCGUCGGGAUCCAGUGGAAUAACCUGUUGUCCAGUCCUCUGGAGGAGGACGACUUCAGCCUGCGCACCGCCAUCAUCAUGAUGUACUGUGACUCCUUCCUGUACGGAGUGCUCACCUGGUACUUGGAGGCUGUGUUUCCAGGUCAGUAUGGGAUCCCUCGGCCCUGGUUCUUCCCCUUCACUAAGUCUUACUGGUUCGGUGAGAAAGACGGAAAGUCGAACAAUGUCCCUCUAAGCAGCAGAGGAAACAAAGGAGGUGAGACUGCAGUUACACACAUUCACCACACGGGGAUGAUAGAGAACAACCAAGAUCUAUACGCUGUAUUAAGCCUUUUUACGAUUAUAUAUAAGAGAGUUCCUGUAACCUGUGUUUCUGUCUCAGCUGUGUGCAUUGAGGAGGAGCCAUCUCACCUGGAGCCCGGGGUCUACAUCGAGAACCUGGUGAAGGUCUAUCGUCACGGGAAGAAACUAGCCGUGGACGGACUGACGCUCGGAUUCUACGAGGGACAGAUCACCUCGUUUCUUGGACACAACGGGGCCGGAAAGACCACUACCAUGUCUAUCCUCACCGGUCUGUUCCCGCCCACCUCUGGCACAGCCUACAUCAUGGGCAGAGACAUCCGGUCGGAGCUGAGCGCCAUCAGACAGAGUCUGGGAGUGUGUCCUCAACACAAUGUCCUGUUCAGCAUGCUUACAGUGGAGGAGCACAUAUGGUUCUACGGGCGUCUCAAAGGUUUGUCAGAGGAACAGGUGAAAGGUGAGAUUGAGCAGAUCCUGCAGGACACUGGGCUGCCUCACAAACGCAAUUCCAGGGCCAGCGCUCUGUCGGGAGGGAUGCAGAGAAAGCUGUCUGUGGCGCUGGCCUUCGUCGGGGGGUCAAAGGUUGUUAUCCUGGAUGAGCCCACGGCCGGGGUGGACCCAUACGCCCGCAGAGGGAUCUGGGAUCUGCUGCUCAAAUACAGACAAGGUCGCACCAUCAUCCUGUCCACGCAUCACAUGGACGAGGCCGACAUCCUGGGAGACCGGAUCGCUAUCAUCUCUCACGGGAAGCUGUGCUGCGUAGGCUCCUCCCUCUACCUGAAGAACCAACUGGGGACAGGAUAUUAUCUGACGCUUGUCAAGAAAGAACCAGAACCUUCCAUGAGCUCCUGCAGGAACUCGUCAAGCACCGUGUCCAUCAACAAGGAGGAGGAGUGUGUGUCUGUCAGCAGCAGUGACGCUGGACUCGGCAGUGAACAUGAAAGCGAGGCUGCAACCAUCGAGAACGGCCCUGCAGCGUCCGUCCCCCUAGUGACCGCUGACGUGUCCCUGGUCUCCAGUCUGAUCCUGAGUCAUGUCCCCGCUGCCCGCAUGGUGGAGGACCUGGGACACGAGCUGACCUACGUGUUGCCAUACAGCGCCGCAAAAGACGGGGCUUUUGUCCAUCUGUUCAAAGACCUGGACCUGAAGCUGCCCGAACUGGGCAUCUCCAGCUACGGCGUGUCUGACACCACACUUGAGGAGAUUUUCCUGAAAGUAGCUGAAGAUAACGGAGUCGACACUGAAGUGCCCUCAGAUGGUACACUUCCUGUUCCAAGACGGAGAAGGACUCACGCCUUCGGGGGAGGAGGAGACCAUCCGAGCUGCCUGAGACCCUUAACAGAAGACGACAAAGACUGCAACGAGUCAGAUGCAGACCCUGAGUGCAGGGAGACGGACUGGCUGAAGUGUACGGAAGGUAAAGGCUCCUAUCAGGUGGAUGGGUGGACCCGGAGAAGGCAGCAGUUUGUGGCUCUGAUGUGGAAACGCUUCCUGUACGCUCGCCGCUCCAGGAAGGGCUUCUUCGCUCAGAUUGUUCUUCCUGCGGUGUUUGUGUGCAUUGCUCUCGUCUUCAGUCUUAUCGUUCCCCCGUUUGGAAAAUACCCAAGUCUGGAACUGCAGCCCUGGAUGUACGAGGACCAGGUCACCUUCAUCAGUGACGACGCCCCCACAGAAGCUAACGUGCAGAAGUUAUUGAACACUCUCCUAGACCCUCCGGGCUUUGGGACUCGCUGCAUGGAUGGACACCCUAUCCCAGAGGCCCCCUGUACGAUGGGUGACGAGGACUGGAUUCUUCCUGAGGUUCCUGAAAGCGUCCAGCAGCUGUUCAGCUCCAGUAACUGGACAAUGGAUGACCCAUCUCCGGCCUGUUUCUGCAGCUGUGACGGAAAGAAGAAGAUGCUGCCUGAGUGUCCUGCCGGGGCCGGAGGACUGCCCCCCCCUGAGAUGAAGCUGAGUGCCUCAGACACUCUGCAGAACCUGACGGGAAGAAACAUCUCAGACUAUCUGGUCAAAACAUACGCUCAGAUCAUCGGCAAGAGUUUGAAGAAUAAAGUCUGGGUGAAUGAAUUCAGGUACGGUGGCUUCUCAUUGGGUGCCAGGAGCACUCAGGUUCUCCCACCAGCCAAGGAGAUCGAUGAUGCCAUCAAGCGAGUGAGGAAGAUCUUUGAGCUCCAGAAGGGAGCGGCUGCUGAUCGGUUCCUCGAUAACCUGUCUGGUUUUAUAAACGGUUUGGACACGAAGAACAACGUAAAGGUCUGGUUCAAUAACAAAGGGUGGCACAGCAUCGGUGCGUUCAUCAACGUCAUGAAUAACGCCAUCCUCAGAGCUAACCUCCCACCAGGUACAGACCCCAGCAAGUACGGAAUCUCUGCCUCUAACCACCCGCUCAACCUGACCAAGGAGCAGCUGUCCCAGGUCGCACUGGUAACUACCUCUGUGGAUGUCCUGGUGUCCAUCUGUGUGAUCUUCGCCAUGUCCUUCGUCCCAGCGAGCUUCGUGGUUUUCCUCAUCCAGGAGCGUGUCAGUAAAACCAAACACAUGCACUUCAUCAGCGGCGUGCAGCCGCUGCUCUACUGGACCGCCAACUUCAUCUGGGACAUGUGUAACUACAUUGUUCCAGCAACGCUCGUCGUCAUCAUCUUCAUCUGUUUCCAACAAAAAGCCUACGUGUCCUCCACAAACCUGCCGGUGCUCGCCCUGCUGCUGCUGCUCUACGGCUGGUCAAUCACCCCUCUGAUGUACCCGGCCUCCUUCUUCUUUAAUAUUCCGAGCACGGCGUACGUCGUCCUCACCAGCGUCAACAUCCUCAUCGGCAUCAACGGCAGCAUCUCCACCUUUGUCAUGGAGCUGUUUGGAAACAAUGAGAUCGGAGGAAUCAACGACAUCCUGAAGAACGUCCUGCUCAUCUUCCCUCACUUCUGUCUGGGCCGAGGACUCAUCGACAUGGUGAAGAACCAGGCCAUGGCCGACGCCCUCGAGAGAUUUGGUGAGAACAGGUUCCGCUCCCCUCUAGAGUGGGACAUGGUGGGAAAGAACCUGUUCGCCAUGGCUGUGGAGGGUGUGGUCUUCUUCAUCAUCACACUCCUCAUCCAGUACAGGUUCUGCAUCAAACCAAGGCCGAUCAGCCAUCUCACCAAACUGCCUCCCUUGGGGGAAGAGGACGAGGAUGUCGCCCGAGAGAGACAGAGGAUCGUUCACGGCCUUGGACAUGGAGACAUCCUGGAGCUUCGACAGCUCACAAAGGUGUUUAAGAGGAAGCAGAAACCAGCUGUAGAUCGCCUGUGUGUGGGGAUUCCUCCUGGAGAGUGUUUUGGGCUGCUCGGGGUGAACGGAGCCGGGAAGACGACCACCUUUAAGAUGCUGACAGGUGACACCAUGGUGACGAGCGGCGAGGCCUUCCUGUCCGGUAAAAGCAUCCUGAGAGAGAUAGACGAGGUGCAUCAGAAAAUGGGCUACUGUCCUCAGUUUGACUCCAUCAACGACCUGCUGACAGGUAGAGAACAUCUGGAGCUGUACGCCGUGCUCAGAGGAGUCCCCGAGAAGGAAGUGUGUGAUGUGGCAGAGUGGGGGAUCCGGAAGUUGGGUCUGGUGAAGUACGCUGACAAGAAAGCAGGAAGUUACAGCGGAGGAAACAUGAGAAAGCUUUCUACAGCCAUGGCUCUGAUUGGUGCUCCGCCUGUCGUCUUCCUGGACGAGCCCACCACUGGUAUGGACCCCAAAGCUCGCCGCGCCCUCUGGAACUGCAUCCACAGCGUCAUCAAGGAGGGGCGCUCCGUCGUCCUCACCUCGCACAGCAUGGAGGAGUGUGAGGCUCUGUGUACCAGGAUGGCCAUCAUGGUGAACGGCAGGUUCAGGUGUCUUGGCAGCGUCCAACACCUGAAGAACAGGUUUGGCGACGGGUACACCAUCAUCCUGCGGGUGGCGGGGCCUGAUCCCGACCUGCAGCCCGUCAUGAAGUUCAUCGAGAGCGAGCUGUGUGGCAGCACGCUGAAAGAGAAACACCGCAGCAUGCUGCAAUACCAGCUGCCUUCAUCCCUCACCUCGCUCACUCACAUCUUCUCCAUCCUCGCCAAGAACAAGGAGACGCUCCGCAUCGAGGACUACUCCGUCACUCAGACCACGCUGGACCAGGUGUUUGUAAACUUUGCGAAGGACCAGAGUGACGACUAUCACUCCAAAGAUGCCUCGGUGAGACGGAAAGAGGUUUCCAUCGAAGUCCCCACUCUUAGCUCCGCCCCUGGAGCGGCCGAGGGGCACAGCUCUGUAAGCGAGAGCGUCAUGUGAUCGUGUGGUCACGUGUCCAUGUUUAAGAGGACUCUACACCGAGCAGAGCGGACGCCCCCGCCUCCCCGCUGUGAUGUCAUAGUGAUUUAGAACUUGGCAGCAUCACCAGCUGCCUCAUGCCAGUCAAUGCAAACCGUCAUCGUGUUCUCAGCGCGCAGCCGGCGUUGAACAUGUGACCGUUAAGAGACACUUGAAUAAGUUGUUGUGAUUGAUCGCUGCCGAUCAGCUGAUCAGGUCGAACAUGAAGAACCAAUCAAACGUCAAAGAGUGGCCUAAGAAGAUUU